CGCCUGCGAACGCGGUCUAUCAGCAACAGCUCUCCACAAACACCACUUUCCAACACAACCCACCAUUCAACUCCACACACCACACUCCAGGCAUCACAUCCAUCAGAGUGACCGACAAUGUCUAGGCGUUACGAUAGUCGAACUACGAUCUUCUCGCCUGAGGGUCGUCUCUACCAGGUCGAAUAUGCACUCGAGGCCAUCUCGCACGCCGGUACCGCCCUAGGAAUCCUCGCCACCGAUGGAAUUGUGCUCGCCGCGGAACGCAAGGUCACCAGCAAGCUGCUGGAGCAAGACACUAGCGCCGAGAAGCUGUACAUCUUGAACGACAACAUGAUUACCGCUGUGGCAGGCAUGACUGCCGAUGCCAACAUCCUCAUCAACUACGCGCGUCAAGCCGCCCAACGCUACCUCCUGACCUACAACGCCGACAUCCCUUGCGAGCAACUCGUACGCCGACUAUGCGAUCUGAAGCAAGGUUACACGCAACAUGGUGGCCUUCGGCCUUUUGGCGUGUCGUUCAUCUACGCUGGCUGGGACAACCAGCGGCAAUUCCAGCUGUACCAGUCCAACCCCAGCGGCAACUACACAGGAUGGAAGGCGACGAGUGUAGGGUCGAACAGUGCCAGUGCGCAGUCGUUACUCAAGCAAGACUACAACGAGGAGUGCACUCUCAAGCAAGCCUGCGAGUUGGCCGUCAAGGUCCUAUCCAAGACCAUGGACAGCACGAAGUUGUCCAGCGAGAAGAUCGAAUUCGCGACAGUGGGACGUACGGAGAAGGGCACCAUCUACCACAAGCUGUGGUCCGCCGAGGAGAUCGACUCACUACUGAAAGAGCAUGGGCUUGGGAAAAGCAGCGAAGAUGCUGAGCCAACGGCAUAGAAUCAUGACUUGACGAGGAUACAAUGAAUGUACUAUAGCAGCGAGGGUGCAACGCAGAUGAUGCACUACGCACACGGGGCAAGCUUCGAGGCUGCUCGAAUAAACUGGCAGGCUCAUGCUUCAUUUGGACGCCGGAGUCUGACCGCGUGUGGAUACAGUUCACGAGUGGAUGCAAGGCAUCCUGCAUCAAGCUCACUCACCUUUGCGAGACCGCGCUUCAAAGUCCAGAUCGGCCCAAGGUAGCCAAAGCUAUGGAAUGUGCCAUUAUGAACGGUAACGCGUACUGUGAGCCUUCGAAAAGUACAAUGAGUUAGAUGUCUCUCCUCACCUGGAACGCUUUGCUGCUGCGAACUAGGCCA